CUUGGGACUGAAUUGCUGAGGAGAAGUUGCAGGGUGAUGGAUGGCCAGAGGAGUGCUGAAACCUGAAGACUUUACCAUGCCAUGUCCCCCAGCCCAGAGUUAAACUUCCCUGGGUACUAAUGGAAGCAUGUAAACAAAAAACAAAGAUGAAGAAAAAUGCCAGGUGGAGGCAAAGUGCGUGCAGAUGAACUUCCCUUGUUCCUGAGGAAAACACUGCAGAAAGGAUCUCCAUCCUGAGCAAGCUUGCAGUGUAGUUGGGCAAGACCAUCAACAAGAUGCAGGAAAGAACAUACUGUUGCAGUCGGAGCACAGAGAGGAUAUGAGAAGUACAGGAAAGUGAGGAAGAAGCUGUUACAUCGCCAUCUGUUUGAGACAGGCUGUUACCUGCCUUGUGUGUCUGGGUAUCCUCCAGCUUGCGGUAUGCACUUUGUCAAGUUCUUAUCAGAGAUUGAUGGAAGCUGAAAGUGUUUUUCAGGACCUCUUCAAAGUUGAUGGCAGGUCAGGCAAUGAACCAGCAGUGGAGCUAGCCCAGCUUCUGCAGUCUUCCACUUUUCAUGCCAUUCUUUGGCUUUGUUCACUUUUGGACAUUGGAAGUGAUGGCAGUUGGAAAACACGGUGUUUUCUGUCAGGCUCCUGAUGCUGCAGGGGAAUCCACCGGCAGCUGUAUCAGGCCCAAUCACCAGCAGCACAUCGAGUAGACUCUCAUCUGCAAAGAGCCCAUCAUCUUCCCCACCAUGACAACGCAAGAUGAUUUCACAGCAGCUAAGUACCACGCCCCAGUUGCUGUCUACUGCGGGAGUGUUCCCAAAUUCAAACCCAGAUACACAGCUCUGCGGGGCGGAAGCAUCGAUUCGAACUUGCAGUUUUGUGGCAGCAGUUGGACCACUGAAGAAGAAGCUUCUUUUCAGUCCAUAUUAACAACCCAGCUGAAGAAGCAGCCGAGUUUAUGGGCUAGGCAUGGAGCUGGGAAGCCUCCAUACCCAAGGACCAUCUCUCCCAUGGAAGGCAGGAUCAGCAAGACUAGUGUGCACAACCUCUGCACUGGGGAUGGAGAUGAUCUCUCCCAUCUUUCUCAUCGAGCCUUGAGCCCAGACCCCCAAGAGAGGAGGGUGAGCAGCGCUGCCCUGGAAACCAUUCCGAUCAAGAACAAGCUGAAGAUGAGAAGGAUGUCUGAGGAUCUGCCAGCCUCACAGAGAGGCCUGACUGACUGCAGUGACCCUAAGGAGUUUACCCCGAAGCCAGUAGUUUCCAGCUCAGCUUCCCAGAGGCUCCUGGUAAACUCCAAGCCUGUGCCUCCCAUUCAGAACAGCCUUCCUUCCUCAGAGACCAGCAGGAUGAGCAACGGAGAGCAGGAGCAUGGGGAGAACGGCACAGGCUGUGAUGACAGUGAUGGGAGUAACGAGGAGCUGAUGUCAGAGGGAAAAGGAUAUCAAGCUUCCCCGCUGCCCUGCAGUGGUGGGGAUGGGAAGAAAUCACUGCGAGUGGAUUUGAUUCCCCCUAUCCCCAAGUCAGCAAGACCAUCUCAUAGGGCUCCUGGCAGAGCUGCAGUGCCUCUCCCAAGCUUUCAGGACCUGGAUUUCCAAGAGGACCUGGAGAUGAGGCCAAGAUCAGGCAGCAGCAGCGAAGAGGAGACCCUUAAACAUCCAGAUCUCCAUACUCUGGAACCCAUCUUGCCUGUUCUCGAGCAUCACAUUGUUGGUGACGUGAAGUCUGCUGAACAUCUAUGUGAACCUGUGCCCCCAUUAACAGGCCUCCCACUGAGUCAGGCCAAGGAAAUGGAUCAUCUCAUGAGCCCUCCUGUUCUGAGUGACGAUGACUUGGAGGACAGCAAUGGAAGGAUCCAUAUUACCUUGUCCAAGUCAGCUCAGAAGAAAAUACAGCAGAAGCGAAUGAAAGAGAUGGAGCUUUUGCAUAGACAGAGGGAGAAAGAGAGAGAAAAGGAAAAGUCGUUGCAGCUCCCUACACAGACUGUUGACCCUGAGGAUGCAGACAAAGAAAGCUUUGGCCUACCACCUCUCAAUGGGGCAGGUUCCAGCUCUUGCACCACGAGAAAUGCAUGCAGAGAAAAAAGCUCUAGUACUGCCUUGAGGAAGCGGGUCAACAGGCCCUCACUGCCCAGCAUCCCCGUCGUCAAACGGGGUGGCAGCAUCCCACGCAAGUCCUCAGUGAACUCGCUGCCUGCCAUUGCUCUGGACUUCCUGGAGUGGGGAGAUGAGGCAGAGUCAGGGAAUGCCCGGGAAGCCAGACCCUUCCCUUACCCACAGCAGGAGCUGCUCAAUGCGCUCACAUGGCUGAGCAGCGACAAUUGGGAGCAGAAGGCAAAGGGACUAUUCAGCGUCAGACGCCUGGCUAUCUGCCACUCAGAAGUCCUUCUUUCUAGACUUCAUGAUGUUUCCUUGGCAGUUACCAAAGAGGUGAACAACCUCCGCACGAAGGUGUCUCGCUUUGCAAUCGGCACUCUUGGAGAGCUCUUCAGGACUAUGAAGAAGCACAUGGACCACGAGGUUGAUAUGAUUGCUCAGGUCUUGCUCCAGAAGAUGGGGGACACCAGCGAGUUCAUUCAGAAAGGAGCCAGUCGAGCCCUGGCGAUCAUGGUGGGGAGCGUGACCCCUGCAAGAGCAAUGACUGCUCUCAUGGCUAGUGGAAUUCAGCACCGCAAUGCCCUGGUGCGCAAGUGUGCAGCUGAACACCUAUUGACCGUGAUAGAGAGAAUCGGAGCUGAGAAGCUCCUGGCAGGCACGCGUGCUAGUACUGAGGUGCUGGUGCAUACGCUGGUGAAGCUUGCUCAGGACUGUCAUCAGGACACAAGGUGCUAUGGACGGAAGAUGCUGAAUACAUUGAUGAGUCAUCAAAAAUUUGUUAAGUAUUUGAAACAAACUUUCCCCUCACGUGACUUGGAAGAUGUUAUGGCAACAAUUAAGCAGAAAGGGAUAGAGGACUAUAAAUGUGAACCUCCACCUGCCAAGGACCACGGGAAGUCUAGGAAGAGCAACUUGACGAUGGCCCAGGACAACUUGCCUUCUGGUGGAGGUUUGAAGUCUGGCUCUGACAUGCUCACCCUACCCCGUCAGACUGUGCGUCGCAUGUCACUUCCGACUGCAGAAGAGAGUGAACAGCUCAAGGAGCUUUGCAAGCUCCUGACAGCCAAGGACUUUCAGUCCCGAGUGGAGGGAGUGGCACUCCUCCUAGAUCACUGCAAAAGCAGCUGCCGGUUCAUUUCCACUAACAUUGUCCCGAUUUUUGACAUUUUUGCCCUGAGACUUCAGGAUUGCAACAAGAAAGUGAGCCAACAGGCACUGGAGGCGCUGGCUUUGAUGAUACCCAUGCUCAGAGGCGCCUUACACCCAGUGCUGGUCUCUCUCGUAGCAGCAGUCACUGAGAACCUGAACUCAAAGCACUUGGGGAUUUAUGCUGCAGCUGUGAAGGUGCUGGAAGCAUCCAUUGCUCACCUAGAUAGCACAAUGCUGCUGCAAGCCUUUGCCCACCGACUGCAUUCACUCAGCGGCCAAGCUCUGCUGGAUAUCACAGAACGUAUCUCAGUGCUUGUGGCAUCUGUUUAUCCCCGGAAACCCCAAGCUGCCAAGCGCUAUGCCCUGCCCACGCUCUGGUUCUUCCUGGGAAACAGUGUCCUGCCUGUCCGAAGCGGCAAUGUCAGGGCUGUGGUCGCCAAGCUUGCAAAGACCCUCUACGAAGUGAUGGGCUCCAAGCUGAUGGAGCAUGCUGCCAACCAACCUCAGCAUGUGGCAAAAAACCUCCGGAACAUUUUGGACCUGAAUGUUGGGUAAAGGCUUGAUGUGCUCCAGGAGGCUGAUAGAAAGGUGAAGACAAAGGUGGAUGUGGCGGUGGCAUUAGUUUUAUUCCGUGUGUUUGAAGAAUGAA